AUAAUAUUGAAAGACAUGUUUCAUGCAUAUAUAAAAGCAGUAAUUAAUAGUUCAGCAGUUGAGGGUCAUCUUCAAUUCUUUCGUUUUGUUAGUGAAUAUGGAAGGUGGUUUGGAACAUUUAAAGGCACCGUUUUUGUCAAGUAAUAGUGGUGAGCUCAGUGAAGUCACUCGUCUCAAAUGCGAUUUUUUCUCCAAAUUGCCUGAUAAAGUUCGGUGUGGUCUCGAUCCUGAUCUCUCUUUUCACAUUGACUACUCAAAGGCAACUGGCUUAACAGAAGGGGAGAAAGAGUAUUACGAAAGGCAAUUUUCCACCCUAAGGUCUUUCGAGGAGGUUGAUUCAACUGAAUCGUCCAAUGUCAUUGAGGAUGGCUCAGUGCACGGGGAACAAGUGCAAUCUGAAAGGGCAAUGAAAAUAUCCAAUUUGGCAAACGUUCUUUUACUCGCUUUUAAGGUAUUUGCAACAGUUAAGAGUGGUUCCAUAGCUAUUGCUGCAUCAACACUGGAUUCUCUGCUAGAUCUGAUGGCUGGCGGGGUACUUUGGUUUACACACCUCUCCAUGAAGCGCACAAAUAUUUAUAAGUAUCCCAUUGGAAAAUUGAGAAUGCAACCGGUUGGCAUUACCAUCUUUGCCGCUAUCAUGGCUACGUUGGGUUUUCAAGUGCUGGUUGAGGCCGUUGAACAAUUGAUUAAAGGAAAACCAUCCCUUAAGAUGACUUCAGAUCAAUUGUUUUGGUUGUGUAUAAUCAUGCUGACUGCCACUGGCGUAAAGCUUUUACUCUGGUUGUAUUGUAGAAGUUCAGGAAAUAAAAUAGUUCGUGCCUAUGCCGAGGAUCACUAUUUUGAUGUGAUAACCAACAUAGUUGGUUUGGUUGCUGCUGUCCUAGGUGAUAAAUUUAGUUGGUGGAUUGACCCUAUUGGCGCUAUUUUGCUUGCACUCUACACAAUUUCAAAUUGGUCUAAAACAGUGCUUGAAAAUGCUGUUUCCUUGGUUGGACAAUCAGCUCCACCUGAAGUCUUGCAGAAAUUGACAUACCUUGUUUUAAGAUACCAUCCUCAAAUCAAACGUAUUGACACAGUCCGUGCCUACACUUUUGGAGUUUUAUACUUUGUUGAGGUGGACAUAGAACUACCGGAGGAUCUUCCACUGAAAGAAGCACAUGCAAUUGGAGAAUCAUUGCAGAUAAGGAUCGAAGAACUCCCUGAAGUUGAGAGAGCCUUUGUUCAUCUUGACACUGAAUGUGAGCAUAAGCCUGAGCACUCUGUUCUUAGCACUCUUCCCAGCAGCCAGAUAUAACAUUAAGCUUCCAGUGUGAUAUUAUAAAUAUGGGCUUUGUUAUUAGCUAAUAAAUCAACGUAGCUCGAUCUCUUCUGUGUGAACUUCAAAGUAUCUUUGUCUUACUUGUUCUAGUAGCUCGAUAAUCCUCGAGAUUCAAUUACUUUUUCAGUGAUCCUCUAUAUGUUAAAAAAGUGCAAUGUUGGAAGAUUUGUUUACUCCAUGGAUGGUUUCAUUAUGCAAA